UUCGACAUUGGUAGAAUGGAACAGCUGCGUGCAUUGUAACAUGCAGUAAGUUUAGUUUAGACUACAGCAGUAUUUGUGUGUGGUUUGAAUAUUAUUUUCUUUGGUUUAAAAACGAAUUUUCAUCAUAUCUUUUGAACGCAAUUAAUUAUUUAAUUUGACAAUAAUGAAACAUCCUUAUUUUUUUGCACGCACUGUCUUAGUUCGUAAUGGAAAUGUUGAUGAGGCUGUUAGUUUGUUAAACAGAAUUUUGGGACGGGAGGGAAUAUUUGACUUAUGGAGACACACCAGAUAUUUUGAAAAACCCACACAGACCCGUCGCAGAGUUAACUUCAUGAAAUGUAAAGCAAUAUACAAUGAAGAUAUGGAUAGGAAAAUAAAAUUUGUCAUGCGCAAAAACAGAGCUGAUCCUUUUGUUGGUUGUCAUUAAGUUAGCACUAAUACCUGUACUAGUUUUAUUAUUAUUAUUCUUAAUAUAGGCUAAAUUGAAAAAUAAAAAAUAAAUUCAUA